UUCCUUUCUGGAAAUGAUUUUCGUCUCCAACCAUGUUGAGGCUCUUUUCUCAUUCUUUCGUUCUGACUAACUUGUCUUUUUUCCUGACUUGCUACUGCAUUUGGGCACUACUUCUGGAGUGAGAGUGGCAGAUCUUGUUGCUCCCCCCUCCUUCUCCUGAGAUUUAAUCACUUGCAGAUCUUACCAUGGGGUGCGGACUGAGAAAGCUGGAAGACCCAGAUGAUAGCAGCCCUGGAAAAAUUUUUUCUACGUUGAAAAGACCACAAGUUGAAACAAAGGCGGAUUCUGCUUAUGAAUAUGUAUUGCUGGAUUUUACUUUAGAAGCUUCCUCUAAUCCAGAAGUUAUCAAGAUCAGUUCUGUGUUGGAUAUAGCAUCUAAGGUGGAAGAAUAUUACAGCAAAGGAUACGUAGUUGGAGCUGUUCAUCCUAUUCUACUGCCAAUUGGACACAGAAGAAAUUUCCCUGCAAGUCAUAUGUAUCGAGUGGUACUUUCACGAUUGAAAUUAAGCCAGAAGCAUGCAACACCCAGAGGACAAAGGAACCCAAGGCUAGUGAUUGAGGAAUGUCCUUUAACGUAUGAAACACUGACAAAUGAGGUAGUGAAAGAACUGUUAGAAAAGGUCAAUGAAGCAGCUAAAAGAGGAAAGAAGUUUGUGGGUUUUAUAACGCAACAUUUUCCUCAAAUUAAAGCCUGUAAUGGAACAAGCACAGAUGGGAGUGCAGAGCUUGAGUCGACACUGGGCAGAAGAAAUAGGGAACACAGAAGGAAAAGUUCCGAUGAUGACUACAAAAACUGGAAUGAAAGGUUGCUGUGUGAUAACCUGUCUGAGAGUGGGAAUGAAGAGGAAAUGCAAGCAGAUAGUGGACUGUUACAGGAUCCAGAUUUCCAGUUUGGAAAAGAAGUCAGCCCUGUUAAACCACGAAAAGGAAAUGACAAGCUGUAUACAGUCUUCAAUGUUUUUGAUGAUGACUCUACCUGCUGGACCUAUCAUGAAGGCACCUUGUCCAUGAAAAUAACAAGAAAGGGACCCGUUAUCAGUACACUGGAAGCAGACUGGCUAGAACUAACCACAUUUUAUUACAAACAAGGAUUAUCUUUAAUUGAUUCUUUUGUACACUGGGAAACUUCUAAAGGUGACCAUUUGCCUAAAUCUUUAGAAGGAUUAUUUAUCUAUGAAGAAGAAGGUUCUGGGGUUCCAGGUUCUAACAGGAAAGGAAAUGAUGCAAUUGUUGUUGAACAAUGGACAGUCAUUGAGGGGUGUGAAAUUAAAACAGAUUACGGACCUUUACUGAACACCUUGGCUGAGUUUGGAUGGCUCCUGACCUGUGUCCUGCCUACACCUAUUGUACGACAUGACAGUGAAGGAAAUCUGGCCACAAAGCAAGUUGUUUUUCUUCAGAGACCUGUUGUAUGGAAUUCUGCUGUCCAGACACCAGAGAAGAAAUCCUUGAGGCAAGUUACUGCGGAGGAAAAAGGCAAAGCCAGUAGCAGAAGUGUUGGAUUAGACACUGCUACUUCCAGCCCUGUAGAAACUGGGCGACCCCCUGAUGAGUUUCACCUGACUCCUUCUAAACAAUGUUGUAUCAAAGAGGCCUCCUCCCAGUUUGGGGGCUUCUCAGGAUUUGGUAGCAGCGAUGGAGUAUUAAGGGAGCUGGACGAUGGACAAUUUGACCAGGAAGAUGGAGUCACUCAGGUCACGUGCAUGUGAUCAAGUAAGUAACUGCAUCAGAUGGACAUGUACAUAGUUCACACAAAUGUAAAACAAAGUACUACUUCAAAUGCAUUGGUGUAAGCCUCUGACUUUGCCCAGACUCAUUUUGUAUUAUUGUCUCUUUGUUAUGCUAAUCCUACUGUAGUAAGAAUACUACUGCAAAAUAAUUUGGCUUCCUGUCUGUCUUCAGUAGAAUAACUACCUGACUGGAUGCUCUGCUGCCUGUUGUUAAUACUUGUGAUAAGCAGGGAAGCAAAAGCUGCAAAAAAGUGACAGUUUGUGUUCUGUAAGAGAGAAAGGAAUGUGGAUGUUGAGUAUUUUCCACAAGCUGGAGGACUGGUUAUUCCCUUUUUUUAAUUACUGUUUUUUAAAACUGUUGUAAAUAUUGGUGGGGGGGAAAAAAAAAGAAUUAUCUGCAUAUUGCUAAGUUUUCACUUUACUUUUCACUAAUUUUCACUUUACUUGCUUUGCCUGAACUCAAAAGCCUAGAGAAAUGUAAGUGAUACGCUAGAGAGUUAAUUUAAGCUGCGUUCAGCCCGGUAUGUACAGAAGAUUUUUCUGAAGGCUGUAGGCAGACGUUGGCUCCUGUAAUACAAUCUCACUUAUGCGGGAUUUGCCAGGGUUCCAUGUUCGAAGCUAUCUCAGCAUAUAGCUUUGUACAUAUGCACUGUAUGAUGAUAUAUUCAUACAGGUCAAGGAACUGUAUAUGAAACACAGCCAGGUGCGCAGUGAUGCUGAUGAUGUACAUGGGGGAAGAAGUAGACAAAACUUAAUAUUAGAUGAGACUUGGUACAAAAACGCUGACGUGUAUAUAUGUUUUAAAAAUUCCUUGCCAACUGUAUAUCACACUGGAUAAACCAUAUCCAACUGCAUCAAAUACCACAAAUGCUGUUCAGGGGAAAGAUGGAAGUUCCUGGAAUUCUGUCCUUACUUUGGGGAUGAGCUCAGUCCUUAUUGUGAGGAGAGGCAUGUGCAGGAAUUUUUUGAUGCUGCUGUCUUGAAAUUGCAUUUGGCAGUUCAGCUUCCUUCUAAGCUGAUCUGCCACUAUCGUUGGGGAAAAAGUCAAAAGCCACAAGAAAAGAAAUUCUACUUUCUUUUCUUUCCUCAGAUCAGUAUUGGCAUUUUUACUUAAAAUACUAUAACUUAGUAUAAUAGCAGAAAAAGAGCACGUCUCGUGACUUGCGAGGAGUUGUAUCUUUCCCUCUGAAUGCAAAGUCCUGUAGGGUACGUAGUUCUUCUCUUCUGAGAACCAGGCACCUGGGAAAUGGGCAGUCCAUGGAACUGGAGCAUUAACUCUUUAACUCCCAGUGCACUACAUGAUGUUAUGAUGUGGAAUACCGAUUGCAAAGAUCAUAAAACCAUGACACCCUGUCCGCAAAUCCUGGAGCAGAAGUCAUGCCAUGAAUUUCUCUUCUUUUCCUAUUGCAUGUUGCUGACAAGUGCAGCUUCUUUUCUCUCAUUUAUGUUUCUUAGCAAAAAUGGUGGCAGUCUGGCAAAGUAGUUCUGAAUGUGACUGUUUUAAGAGCCAAAUCCACGCCGCUGAGCAGCGGGAACACUGGUGCACAGUGUGGGGGGCAGGAGGGCCACAGGAGUACCUGGGGUAGCAGGCACAGUUUGAAGUUCAUCUUUGCCAAGGUCUUGCUGUCAUCCUUACUAGGUCCCUGCUUUUCCACCAGCAUCUUAAGGUCACAGAUGUGGGGCACAGACCUCGCAUUCAUUCCAUGUAUGGGGACAGCAUACAGGGGAUCCCCCUGCAGAAGGGGAAAGUGUUGGCUGGGUGUCCCCCCCCAGAGCUGUCCUCUCAUGCAGCCUGCUGAGUUGUGGCCAUGGAAGAGCAGGCAGCUCCCCUAUGGUGUCACAGAUGUGGAAAUCUGUCUCUAGCAGAAAGCGAUUUAAUUUCAGCAUAUUAAAAAUGGAGCAACAGUUGGUCUUCUGCAGUUUGGAAUAUGAUGCUGUACUUCUGAAAGUGUUUUUCAAAAGUUAUCCAAAAAAGCCCACAAUACUCUUGCACGUGUGCAAUUAAUUUUAACUACUGGUGGUUCUCCAUACAGGUCAAACUUGUACAAAAGCAGCAAAAUUUGGUCAAAAAAAAACUGGCAACUCUCAGUAUUCCAAGUUUAAAAGUUUUCAAUGUGUAUCAGAAAAAUUACCCUUUAUAAAGGAGUAUGACAGUAGUUACAGUUAUGAAUCUUAAAACUAAAUGGCAACUAUUUAUAUAAUGUGUUAUAAUGUGUUAUAAUGUAUAAAACACUAACUUAAAUGCAGUUACUAUUUCGAGAAUGCAUUUAUUGGAUAAAAAGAAUAUUUAACUUUUAAUUGAGGUAUUUUCUUCCCACCAGGUGGUGAGAAUGCAGGAAACUCCAACUAGUAUCCAGAUGCUUUUUCUGAAAAAGUUUUUCCCAUACCAUUGAUGGGUUAUAAACACAGGAGAUUCCAUUUUUGGAACAAGAGCAGUCUCAAUGUCCACCAGUCUAUUCUAGAAUAUUCCCACUUUUAGCAAGAAAGGCUUUUUUUAAACUGUAGGCUACUAAAAAGGAACAUGGCUCUAUUUCAGAGCUGUGAGUGUACUUCACUGCUCGCUCUUGAGUCUCAGUAGGUUUUGAUUGUGCCGCAAACUUGUGUAAAUUUAUGUAUAUGUAAAUAUGCUGAAUUACUUUCUCUGAACCCAUUUAGCAGUGGCUAUUCAGUUAAGGACAGAUGGUUUAUCUUCUAAUACUAUUUGUCUCACAGGGCACAAAGGUGCCCCUGCUGCACAAACAUUAAUCUAGAUUGUCUUCUAGUGUUCUGAUGUCUCUCACCUUGCAGGGCUACAUUUAGGCUCUGUACUGGAAACAAACAAAAUACAAUACUUCACCUGGGGAAAAAAAAAUGUUUCCUGCCAGAUUGACAAGAUAGAGAUGUGUAAAGGGAGUGGCACGGAGGGAGCAGCAAAAGAUUAAGUUCCUCAACACUUUUUUUUUUUUUAAUAAAAGAACUCAAGGGAAUAAUGGAGAUGGUAAGUAGCAAGGCUUGAAAUACAUCAAGUAUUUAUUCAGCUGGCUGUACAACUCCAGCUGCAGGAUGUUGUAUGUAAAACUCUAUGGAUCUAAAAGGUGACUGAAAAAUUCCUGAAAGGAAAAAACACACUCAGUUCUCUUAGAAAGUCACUGAAGCAAAAACAUAUGGUCUGACUAGUUCUUAGACUUGUUAUUCUUCAUCCCUGGGAUAGCUGGACUGAGUAGGACCAUUGUAGAAGGGUAGCAGAUUGGUUUCCUGCUGCAAGACUUUGUUUUAGGAACAGAGGAGAGCAAAGUGUUUGCUCAGUCCAUAGUUAGGUUGCGUGUGAAUGAUCUGACUUCAUGCACUAUUGAAGAACACAGAAUAACUCACCUGUCUUCCUAGGGCAUGCAUGCUGAAACUUCUGAAAAUGCUUCUAAAACAAAUGAUGGCUUUCAGAACUUUUAACGACAAAGAGAUUUUCCAUCUCACUUGGAAAAGAAAAAAGGAGAGGGUACAUUUUCUAUAGAGGGAAUUCUAAUUGAAGCUAUGUGUUUUGUUAUGCUCUUACACAAAUUAGAGCAUUAAGGUGUGCCAUUACUAAUGUUGUAAAUUACUAGCACUUUUUUUUAUUCAAAGUUUGUAAAGCAGAAGAGCUGUGAGGGAGGGUAAGCCUGUUGGUAAGUUUUUUUAUAAGCUCGUGUUAUGUGAAGAAUUUUUAUAUACAUAUGCACACUGCUCAGUCUUCAUUUUACAAGAAUGUACUUCAUGUAUUUCAUUAUCUCAUGCCCUUUUAUUGAAUGAAUUGUGAAUCAAACUUAAAGCAUGGAUGCAUUCUCCAACAAAAAAAAAAAACAUGAAUUUUUUCUCUAAUGUGGCUUCAGCUGUGUGUUCAGUAGAGUCCCUUACCUCUAUGUGGCAGCACAAAUGCCCCAGAACUAUUAGAAAACAUAGAGAUGGAAAUCUAUUAAUGCUGUUCCCAACCUCUGCAAAAGACCGUUUAUAGUUCAAGUCUUAAAUUGUUUGGACAGGAAAUACUAGAAGUGUUUGCAAACCAGGAGAAAUGGUCCAUUAAAAACAAAAAUGCUGUGCCCUGCUCAUAAUUGUCACAACAAUUCAUUUACAUACCUCAUCAGCUGGAAUAAACUACUGCUUAACUUCUGUUUCUGGUCUAUAAAAUACUAUUUUUGUGUGAUGUUAAAAUCCCUUUUACAUUUCUGAGAGGAAGCUUCUCACCAUUAAAAGCACUUACCAAAUCA